UACUUAAUUUUAACUCUUUUCUCACUCCCUCACCACUCAAUUUUAAUUCUCAAAUAAUUUUCUCACCCCUCUUCAUUUUGAACACAAAAAAUGGUCGGCCGCCUGUCCGCCAUGUAUUCCUCCACAGUUGGUGUAAUUGGCCCAUCAAACCACCAGCAUCAACAACUCGGUCACCAAAAUGAUAGCCCAGGGUUAGGUUUUGACCUUAACUUCCCCCCGACAAUGGUUGUUCCGCCACCCAACCAAUUCACUCACGCAAACACUUUGCAUGUGGCCGAUCAAGGGCCUCUUACAUUCCCUCCACUAUAUCAAGGCGGUUCGACCACCUUGCCAACGCUUUCGGAGUCCUUGCUGCCACCCUUACCACAAUCAUACCUUCUAGACACCCUACUGCCACCACUGCCACCAGCUAUGGCAUCAACUCAGAUCCCACCUUUGCCAUCGUAUAUGCUAUCGGCACCAAGGAUGGUCAAACGUAAGAGUGAGGACGUCGGAGAUAUUGGACAAUUAUACAUGCUCUUCCCCAAUGAUCGAUUUGGGUUAGUUUAUGCUGAUUACAGUGCACGCUUGGGCUGUUCCCCUAACAACAUCGAAAUAAUCAGAGCAAAUGGGUUGGUGAUUCCAGCUGAGUUGACGGCGGGGGAGCUCAACAUCCAGGACGGCGAGACUUUGUGUGUUCGAGGUCUAUUGCAGGAUUUGAACGUCAACACACACUACUGUACUUUUUUCAUCCGGCCAAUGGUGGACCGGCCAAUCGGUUGGACGGCGAAGGCAGCCUAUGAUGUGCCACUUUGGAAAGUUAUAUAUGAUUGGGCUGCCCUCUUGAAGAUCGAUGCAUGGAGGAUCACGAUGUACCGCAACUUCAAAGAGCUUCCAAUAACUCGCACAAUUAGAGAGUCGGAAAUUUAGAACUGGAGCACCUUGUAUGCGUGCAUACAACUCAAUUGAACUAGGAAGAAGCGAUGUCUCAAUGGGUACGUAAGUUAUGGACUUAUGCGCGAUGUGAUGUUUUGCGGACCCAUUUUUUGCAAAUAUUUAGGGACUAUUUGGAUUAUGGGUUAAAUGGGAGUUAAUGUAGCAAGUAACUGGACACGGGGUCCUUUUUGAUAACGUUUGUUUACAACUCUAGGCUAGUAGUGCCACUUUUGGGGAUUUACAAACUUGAUUAUGCCUUUUGAAUAUUUCCCACAUCCAUUUUGUAAAGAACGUUUAUAUUUAUAAGCUAAUAGUGCCACACUUUUGGGUUUGGAACAUAAUAACUUGAUUAUGCCAUUGGAAUAUUGCCCAAAUCUAUGUUGUGCAUCGUGUUUUAUCCAUCCUAUAGGGAUAAGGAGUUUUGAAAAUCUAAAGUUAUUGUUGACUAUUAGUAGUGUUUAUUCAACUUUAUUAUUAUUAUUAUUGUUGACUAUUAGUAGUGUUUAUCCAAUAUAUGUUAAGGUGGAUAUUUAACUUGUAAUAA